AUGGGAUUCUUCGAUGAUAAGAAGCGAGAAGAAAUCAGGAGAAGACAGAAUACUGGGUUUUUGACAGAUUACUUUGUUAGAAGUGAAAUAACAGAUUACUACCGUCUCCGCCUUCUUGUCAACUUUAUUUUCGGUCUUCUGAUUUCCUCGUCCCUAUAUCAUGCUGGUUGGAAAAAUCUGAAUUUUGGAGAUUUCGAUUACACUUAUGGGUUAAUUGUGAAAUGGACCAUAAUAUCCUUUUCCACAUAUGCUUUUACUGUUAGUCCGACUUUCCGAUGCGCCCUGUUCUGUGUGUUGAUUGGUGCUUUUGGAAAACAGGGACAAUAUCCUUUUACGAUGUUGGUAAUGAGUAAUCUUCAAGAAGGACCAAUCACAAAUAUGAUGACUAAUUAUGAAACAACGUCUGAAAUCGUCAUGUGUCAUAUCGAAUUGCAGUCAAAGAUUGUGGCAAAUCGAGUUGCAUUAUUAACAGGUCCACUGGAAGAGUUGAUUGAAAAACUUAUGGCCAAAGGAAUACGAGCAAUGAAAGCAGUUUCUAGAGAGACUCGAGCUCUUAUAACACCUUUCAUGGAACUAUUGAAAAAAGAGAAAACUAAAACUGAUAAGAAAAUUGAGAUAGAAAGAAGUCAGCUGGCAGACAUAGAGAAACGAAAAGAGCGAAUAUUAAAGAUGUGGGAGAAAUCGAUGAAUAGAAAACUGACAGAAGACGAUGAGAUUGCUGAUGAGCUGCUUCCAGCAGAAGAUAUGAUUAACAAUGUGACAGUUGGAGAGCCUCCGAUUUGGAAAAAGUUCAAGACUCCGCUAGUUCAAAAAAUGGCUGACAAAAUGGCAAAGAAUUGUGAGGAAAUGUUCAACAAAGGAAUAGAUAAAUGUAGGAAUGUCGCCGGCGAACUUGUGACAUCCUGUAAAGACGCUAUUAUCUGGCCGAUUGAAGCAUUCAUUUGUCCAAAAUUGAAUGUCGAGGGGCUUUGUGACGCUGUUGAAAGAAAAGUUCAGUCUAUGAAUAUCUGUAAAAACCAAUUGGAGGAUAGCCACGUGGAUCCAACCAUUGAGAAGGAUAUAACUGAUGUGAUGGAGUUGACAGAUCAGCUGGAAGAUAAUAGCAAUAUCGAAUUACACUCUGUUCGAGUGGAAACUCCACGUGUUGCUAUUGAAUACAGAUUGUCUGAUCUGAAAAUCAAGAUUCGAGCUGCAAAUAUUUAUUUUAAGAGCCUUGUCGGAGUAUCCAAACAGAUAUUUCAAGCAUUCUUCAUCUAUUUCGUCUAUACAAUUUUCCGUGAUUCAGUUGGAAUGAUUCGAAAAUAUCAAGAUGAUGUGGCUUUCUCAAACUCAUUCGUCACAAAAGAAUUCUGGAUGAUUGAUCGCUUUCGAGAGGGUCGAGGACAGACUCAUUUGUCUCACUUUUCGAAACAAGAAAAAGUCGAAUGGAAGAUAAUGGAAGUUUUUAGUUUUCCAACAAAAGCGGAAAGAUCCAAAGCAAUUCGUCCAUUUUUCAAAUGGUUCGUUCUUGCUCUCACCGUCGCCAUUAUUUCAAUUUUGGACUACUACCUAUUCGUUUUCCUAGACUCGGUUGUCGAGUCAGCACGGCAGCAGAUUAAGCAAAAAGCGAGUGCCCCCGCUGGACUCAACAUUACUGGAGACGGAGUGAUUGCAGACUUUCUUAAGACUAUGACGUCGACGAAUGAGACUUUGGAAAUUGAUCAGACCCUUUCCAAUGAGCAUUGUCUCACGAAACCGUUGUCACCGAAUACUGAUAUUUUGAUUUAUUGGUUGGGAAUUCCAUUAUUGUUGUCUUUCCUUUUCCAGUGUCUGGUGAACCGAGAGAAGCAUCGGAAAGAAGCGAGAGCUAGGAUCAGAUUCAUGGUAGAUCGUAGAAGAAUUGAGACACUACACAAAGGAGAGUUCUCUGCUGGAGGUUCAUUCUUGAAGCGGCAUAUCUUUGAGAGAAUUUUCAAGACGUCAAAAUGUUUUUUAUGCCAAGAAAAGACUCACGCCGCAAAACUUCUGUAUUGUUCGGAAGUGAAAUGUCAAUCAUGUUUUUGCAAAGACUGUAUUGAGGACAACUUCGGGAAGUGCUAUGCAUGCAUGGUUAUAAAGAAAGAAAUUACUGAUCAGAAAUCUAAAUUAAUGGCUCCAGAUGAAGUUGACAAGAGGGAUAAUUUUCUAUCGUAUGAUGAGUUUUUGGAGCGAGUGGAGCAUGACAAGAAGGCAUGA